UGUCUGUCGAGAAGUGGAAUUACCAUUCACCCUACCCAUCGACACCAUCAAUCUCUCUCUUCUCUCCCUCAUUCACGCACAUCAAGAGCACUCUCACUGUCUCUCUCACUGGUGCUCUGUUUUGGAAUUCUUCAACAACCUCCAUUAUCAGGCACCUCUCUCUCUCAGUCUCUCUCUCUGAUUGAAGAGUUUCCAUCAAAGAAAAUUUCUUCAAUCUCACUCUCUUUUCUUCCUGAAUUCAAAAUAUAUCCAUAACAUUGAAGUGUGGUGUCUCACUCCACAGUCAAAAUAUGAUCCUCACAAUUAACAUUGCAUUCCUUUCAUCUUCCCUGUAGUUCUAGAGAGAGACAGAGAGUAAGGAGAGAGAAGGGGGAGCAGUGGAGCUCAUAUUAUUAAAACCAAAAUGCAAGCCAUCAUCAUUUUCUUCUUCUUCCUCCUCCUCUUAAGCUCCCUACCACUUCCUUCAUCCUCCAUCAAAAUUAACCACAACCGUCGGAUCCUCCAUCACCCCUUCUUCCCCAUUGAUUCCCUCCCUCCAACUUCCCAACCACCACUUGCAUCUCCUCAACCCCAACCCCAACAACAACAACCCAAAUACCCAUUCUCUUCACUCUCACCUCCCAACAAACAAGACCCAUUUUUCCCAUUUUACGCUUCACCCCCACCUCCACCUUCUUCAUCCACCUCUCUGAACACUUUUCCAGCCAACAUCUCCUCUCUCACCCUCCCUCACACCUCCUCCUCCUCCAAACCCAUUUCCAAGAAGCUGGUCGCCAUCGCCGUCUCCCUCUCCCUUCUCUCCGCUGCCACCGCCGCCGCCGCCGCCUUCCUUCUCUACCACCGCCGUUUCACCGAUGACAAGGCCUCAAGAACUGACAGCCUCCGGUUGUUCCCGCCCAACACCGCCACCUCCGACGGUGGUGGUGGCGGCGGCGGCAGUAGUUACAAGUCCAGCACCAGCUCAGAGUUUCUUUACCUUGGCACCCUUAGGAGGGGAAUCGAUGAGGACCACCAUAAAAACAAAGCUUCCAAUUCGAGUAACGCCGCUGCUUCAUCGAUGCCAGCCUACCAAAAACUGGGCUCGCCGGAGCUCCACCCGCUUCCGCCGCUGCCGAGACAGAAUUUCCGGCGCCAUUAUUUGAAUGAUGAAGUUGGUGACGACGAAAACGACCAAGAAGAGGAGUUUUUCUCACCCAGAGGAUCUUCGGAAGGUAAGGAUAGUCCUACUGCCACUACUGGUUCUGCUUCGAGAUCCCGGAGAGUGUUGUUUGUGGGUGUGGAAUCUGAGCAUUUCAGAAGCCGAAGCUCGAAUUCGAGGACUGCUUCGUACCCAUCUUCGAAUUCUGCUUCCCCAGUGUCUACUAGUCCCUUAAUGCCACUCAAUUUAAGCCCCAGAAGCUUGAGAUCGAGGUCUCCAGACUCGCUUGUCAAUUUCCCAGCUCCGUCCCGACUAUCUCCAAUGAUACCACAACAGACUAUGGCCCAAUCACCGCCCAAGAGUAACAUUUUUUCUCCAGCAAGAGAUUCCGGUGUUCCCGUGAAAUUGCCGCCGCCAGCUCCUCCUCCACCUCCGCCGAGGUUUUGGGAAAUUCCAGUUGUGUUGCAAAACCCAGAACCGGUUUCGCCACUUGAACAAGCACACAACAUGGAAACGAUGGAGAGAUGUGAGGAAGCUCCAAAGCCGAAGCUAAAACCAUUACAUUGGGAUAAAGUUAGAGCCAGCUCUGACCGUGCAAUGGUGUGGGAUCAGCUGAAAUCUAGCUCAUUCCAGUUAAACGAGGAGAUGAUCGAGACGUUGUUCGUGGUAAAUGGUUCGAGUUUGGCUCCAAAAGAUACCUCUCGGCGGCCAAUUCUGCCUAUGACAAAUCAAGAGAAUCAGGUUUUUGAUCCAAAGAAGUCUCAGAACAUUGCAAUUUUGUUGAGAGCACUUAAUGUCACUAUAGAUGAAGUUUGUGAAGCACUUUUGGAAGGUAGUGCCGAUACUCUUGGGACAGAGCUUCUUGAAAGUUUAUUGAAGAUGGCUCCAACCAAAGAGGAAGAAUGUAAACUGAAAGAGUUCAAAGAUGAAUCACCAUUUAAGCUGGGCCCUGCUGAGAAAUUUCUCAAAGCGGUGAUUGAUAUACCCUUUGCAUUUAAGAGGGUGGAUGCAAUGCUUUACAUAGGCAAUUUUGAUUCUGAGGUUGAGUAUCUUAAGAGGUCUUUUGAAACACUGGAGGCUGCGUGUGAAGAACUGAGGAACAGCAGAAUGUUCCUAAAGCUUCUAGAAGCUGUACUAAAAACUGGGAACCGCAUGAAUGUCGGAACCAACCGUGGUGAUGCGCAUGCUUUCAAGCUCGACACGCUCCUUAAGCUUGUGGAUGUGAAGGGCAGUGAUGGGAAAACCACUGUCUUGCAUUUUGUUGUACAGGAAAUCAGCAGAGCCGAAGGUUCUCGCCUUGCUGGUGUCAAUCAGAGUAAUCCAGCAGCCGAUAAAAACCAGCAAUCUGCUUUUCAGGAUGACAUUGAAUUCAGGAAGCUUGGACUUGAAGUUGUUUCCAGCUUGAGUGGGGAGCUCACUAAUGUGAAGAAAGCUGCUGCUAUGGAUUCAGACAUACUUAGCAGUGAAGUGACAAAACUAGGCGUGGGAAUCGCAAAGAUUGAGGUAGUGUUGAAAUUAAAUGAAGAAAUUGCAGUGACGGAGAGUACUAGCCAGAGAUUUUCCGAGUCCAUGAAUGAGUUCUUGAAGAAGACACAGGCAGAGAUCACAAAUGUAAAAACUCAGGAGAGUGUUGCACUCUCCAUGGUGAAGGAAAUAACAGAGUAUUUCCAUGGGAACUCAGCUAAGGAAGAAGCUCAUCCGUUCCGGAUUUUCAUGGUGGUGAGGGACUUUCUUUCUAUACUUGAUCAGGUAUGCAAGGAAGUUGGGAAGAUAAAUGAGCGAAGUACAGUAUUCGGUUGUGGCCGACAGUUUCCAGUAACAGUAAAUUCAAGCGUUGCACCAGUUUUUCCUGGAUUCAUUGGAAGGCGGCAGUAUGGUUCCUCUGAAGAUGAAAGUUUAUCUUCACCUUAAACUGGAACACCUAUCAGAACUGGUAAUGUAUGCGAAAGAGCUUAGGGGUACGUAAUGGCUAGUGAAGCCAAGCUUAGUUUUUGAAAAAUUUGUGUAGAAGUUUUGGAAUAGUUUCGGCCUCUUAUCUUGUGUAAUUUACAGGGAAUAGAAUCACAUCAGAAAAUAAUGGUAAGAGAAUUAUCUUGUAAAUCUAUGGAAAACUGGAUUUAAGGAUUGCUAAUCAGGGUUAGAAACAAUCUUCUUCA